AUGCACUUCAAGUCUCUUCUCAUCUCGUUUGUCCUCACCACUCAGCUGGUUGUCGGCGCGUUCAACUACACCCGUCUCGACAAAGAGAAGGCUGCACUCCUCAUCGUUGACCACCAAGUCGGCCUGAUGCAGAUAGUGCGCGACAUGGGUCCGGAGGAGUUCAAGAACAACGUCUUUGGCCAUGCGGCCAUUGGACAAGUAUUCAAUUUGCCGACCGUAAUCACCUCAAGCUCUGAAACUGGUCCUAACGGGCCCAUCCCCCAAGAGAUCCUCGACAUGCAUCCCAACGCUACGGUCGUUCGUCGAAGCGGUGAGGUGAACGCCUGGGACAACGAAGAGUUCCGUGCAGCGGUUCGAGCUACCGGCAAGGACCAACUCAUCAUCGCUGGUAUCACCACCGACGUGUGCAUUACCUUCUUGGCACUCUCCCUCGUCGAAGAAGGCUACACCGUCUUCGCCAACUCUGAUGCUUCAGGAACCUUCAAUGUCAAGACCGCUGAUGAAGCCAACGCCCGCAUGCAGCAACGCUGGGGUUCAGGUCCUUUCCCAAUGUUGGCUUUCUUUGACAAGUAUCUCCCCUCUUAUGGAUGGGUCGCUCGCGCGCACGCUGCUGCCCAAAAUGCCAACUAG